AUGGUGGGCGACGCGGGGGAGGAGGAGCAGGCGGGCGACGAGGAGAUGGCGAUCAAGCUGGAGUGCGACGAGAGCGGCUGCGUGCUCGUCGUCGGUCGUAACGUGCCGAACCUGGAUGACGACUCGCAGGGGUACCUGCAAUGUAACCUCACAGGGUGUUUCUACGACAGCGCGGUGCCGGUGGCGGAGUUCCGCGUGCUGGAGGGCGCGGGGUGGCGCCUGGGCUACGAGACGGCGCCCGCCAGCGAGGAGGCCUUCUGCGCCAUGGUGGGAGCGGGUGGGUGGAGCGUGGCCUUGACGGCGUCGGAGUUCAACGACUUCUGCAAGCUCGUGCAGAUGCUGCGCAAGGGGCUGAUUACAAUGGACCAGGAUGGAGUGCUCAACCGAGAUGACAUCGUGAUGCAGGUGGAGCGUGGCAAUCUAUGGAUGGAGUGUGUGGUGGCGCGCCAAACAUUGCCUACACUGCAGCGGUUCCUCAAGAUGGGAGGGAGGCCUAGUGGAGCAGCCUUUGCCAUCCGCUUCAUUCUCUCAGGCACCGACUCCAAACGCCAGGCGGAGGGCUUCUGGCCAGCGGAGGCAGUGAUGGACAUGCUGGCCAAGAUGGACGAGCUCUCAUCGCCUGCACAGCCCAACUCCUCGAGCAAGCGAGCGGAAGCAGUCACCGCCUGA